UUUUCAGCGCUUUUCCUUGCCCCUACAGUUUAUUGUGCCUUUUCUUGUAUGAGAUUUGAAGCAAGUUCAUCCUUCUUCUUCUUCUUCUUCUUCUUCUUAGAGAUUCUGAGGAGAAUUGUUAUGUGUACCUCGACAGCGAGAUUGUUCAGUUCGUUCUUCUUUUUGUUCCUAGAGAUUCUGAGAAAGAAUGUUAUGUGCCGCUGUAUAAAGAUGAAUUUGAAAUCAAUUGAGAUGUGCUGUACGCUUUAAUAGGAAAUGAACUUAACUGAAUUUGUUGCUGACGUUUAAAAUUCAGUUAUCUACAGAGAAACAAUAAAUACCAGUGUACUGUAGAUUUUCUUGUAUAAGGUUCCAAGCAAGAUAGUUUGGUUGGUUCUUAUUUUUCUUCUUAGAGAUUUUGAGCAAGAUUGUUAUGUGUGACUGUGUGAAGGUGAAUUUCAAAUCAAUUCUGCUGUGGUGUGCACUUUAAAACAAGAACUGAGCUUGUUUGUGCCAUUUAAAAUACAAUGAUCUACAAAGAAACAACAAAUAAGUUGCCAGUUUUAGAAGUGCUGCAGCAGAUAGUUUGUUAGAUGUUGAGACAGCUACAAGGUCAUUUGACUCUCUAAUCGUUCAAGUUUUCAUCCAAAAGUACAGAUUCGCUGCUCAUACACCACAUGAGUCGAUUGGCGUUUCGAAUGUGCUAAAUGCACAUUAAGAUUCAGUUUAGCGUACUGUUUCAGAUACAUGAAUAUCUUUGUCAUCAAUACAUCCAUUAUAUGUUUAUCUAUUUUACUAUCUCUUUUCUAUUUUGCCUUCCUGAUUGUACUCUCCUCUAUCCAUUUUGCCUUACAUAGACUACUAACUGUUUUACAUUUUGCCUUCCCGGUUGAUCACUCUGCCCCUGCUGCCUCGUCUCCACCAGCCAUCGCCGGCUUCGCCGCCCGUCGCCGUCGAGGCCAGUCAAGAUGGUGGUCGCCGUGGUGAACGGGGUCAAGAUGGAAGCCGCCACCGCCGCUGCAGCCGCCGCCACGACAACCACCGCCUCCGACGCCUGUUCUCGUGUGUGCGCUCGACCUCGGCUUCCUCUUCCACCUCCCCGCACGAAGAGGGGGGGGGGGGGGGGGGGGGGGGGGGGGGGGGGGGGGGGGGGGGAGGGGGAGGGAGGGAGAGAGAGAUGGCUACUGUGGCGAUGACGAUGGCAGCGGCUGGAGUUGGCUGAGUGGUUCACGCCAAGGAAAUUGAGGAGGGAAGGUAUGAAAUAGCGGCAUAUGUGUCGGAGCCAGUGAAGAAGUUGGCGUCAGAUCCGUCAUCGUCGCCAUUCUUCUGCUCGAGGCCACCGUCAUCCAUGUGUUCCUCCUAAAGCUCCUCCUCCUCACCACGGUUGGACGCCUGAGAGGCCAGCCUCCCCUCCAAGCGCAGAUCGACGCAGUCGAGGCCGCAAUACUAGGAUUUCAACAUUUCAUAGUUAUGCUGGGCAUCACCGUCAUCAUACCAAGCACACUUGUUUCUAAAUGGGAGGUGGAAAUCAGAGCACGAGGGGGCUGCUGGGCACCCCUGCCCCGUCGGCUUGUAGAAGGCUGGCGAACAGGCGCAAAACGUUGGCUGGUGUUUCAAUUGGCUACACCUUGCGUCGCUCAAGCGCGCGGUUGAGGGCUGCUGGGCGCGCACGCAUGCCGCCUGUGGAGGCGGCUGCCCAGAAGUUGGUCUUCCAAGGGAUGGGAAUUGUGAAGACCGGAGAGGGAGUCAACGAGGCGGCAAUUGCUGAAUUCCAAAACAGAUUCAAGGAGCAGCUCACUGAUAAGAUGAUCAAAGCUAUGCGAGAGAUUUUCAAGCUGGAUGAUGCCGCGGCCACGGCGGUGGAGGAGGCCCUGAUUGCUCAUGGAGGCCCUGAUGCUCUCGACCAUGAUGGGGAGUCUCUGGUGGCUGAUGCCUAGACUUGCAGUUUGCGAGUCCUUUGUGUCCAACUCGUCUCAAAUGUUAGCACAAUUUAGUUACUGGAUGUAUCGUAGUUUUUGCUUCUCCAUUUGCUGCUCUAUAAUGGCCAUGUGGGCUGUGUGUCCUGUAGACUUUGAGUCCAAGUGUACUCUUGCUGCUUGCAGCCGUCAAGCUUAUGUCAUGUUCAUCUUUUGGAAUGAAGGCUGGUCCAAGCUGGGAAUCCCUCUAGUUCCAUCAUGUUAGCACAACCGCUCA